GCAGAGCAGAGCAGAUCCAUUGUCAAAGUAAGUCCACAUACAAAGGUCCACUUUAGCCUUAAUUUCAUUCCAUAUAUAAAUAACACACUUUAGAGGGAAAACCAAACAAAACCAAACCAACACAGUUUUUUACUUUACUACUUCGCCGAUGGAUUCAAUUUCUUCUUCCGGUGGUGGUGCUUCUCAAUACCUCGUCAAUCUUCCCUCUCGCGGCACCUUCACUUCCCCUUCAAUUUCUUGCAAUUCGAAUGGGAUGCGGGUUUAUGUAUGCGAUCACAAGACCACACCACCAGGGCAACAUAUUAAGACAAAUACACAGAACAUACUGAUCAGAGCACUCACAUUGAAGAAUGACAAUUCAAAAAAGAGAACUGCUGAAAAGGGUCUGGGAGGUCCAGCCAAGAAACCAAAUAAUCAAGCAAACUCUCAACAAGAGGGAUCAAACGGUCGAACAUCCAAUCGGAACUUCCAAAGCUUGACUGUAGACAAGCUUCGAGCUCUUUUAAAAGCUAAAGGUCUUCCAACCAAAGGAAAGAAGGAGGAGCUUAUUACGCGUCUAAAAGAUGCAGCUGGGAAAGCAUAGCAUGGAGGGUGGAAUUCCCGAUCAUUCAGGGUCCAAUGUAAGAGUAGUUAGUUUUUGUUCUUCAUGUAACUUAGGAUAUGGAACUAAUAUACAUAUAAAGCUAGUGUAAACUGUAACUGUGGCGAAAUUUGAAUAUUAUCGUUUUGGCACUAUUUAUCGAAGAAAAAAAUAUUAUCGUUUUGUCACUACUGUUUCAUGAGUGUAUGUAUUAUGUACUAAAUUAUGAUAAUUUUUUGUUAUAAAUUGAAAGCCUUGAUUUUAGUUUA